AUGGGAAACCUGUCUUACCAGUUGGAGGCUCAGGAACCUAAGAGUUCUGAAAGUACAUUAACUUCGAUGGAAGAUUCUGGGUGUGAUUUGUCAAGUGAGCAGAGAACUGAACCUUCAAACCUGUCCCAGCACUUUGUGGAAAGCUGUACCUCUACUCACUUUCCACAACUUCCUCUUGUGAAAAAACCUUGUGCUAUCCUAAAAAAUCCUUUGUCUUCUCACAUGCAAUUCUUGCAAUAUCUACUUGAACUGAAGAAUUUGACAGAAUCAGGUAGUCUUAAAAGAGACUUAACCCGCUUUGAAAAAGACUAUUCCACAGUCUCUGAUUCUGUUUUUCAGUUGCUGGAUGGCCUGAUCACUUUUUACCAUAAUCCCAAACUUCCUUUUUCAAGAUUUUGGACAGAAGCUGUUGGUACUUUAGCUAGCCUGAUCAGUGACAAUAACUUAUCUAAUCAUAUUCUUAAAGAGUGUUCAAAGAAGUUGGAAGAAUUUGAGAAAACUCUGCUACGUGCUAUUUUAGGAAACAAUCAUACAAAUCGGCUGUCCGCAGCUCUUGUUUGUCAUGAUGUCUCCACCUCUGGCUUCUAA